AUAAUAAGGAAACACAGAGAUUAUCCGUACUAGAAGAGUCUUUAACCAACUCAGAUCGUCGAGGACACUCCUCCCGUUCCUGCGCCUCUCACUGCUCCGCUCCCGUAACCAGAAGAUGCGCAGGAGGGGAACUGGCAGCCCCAUCUUUAUCUGUAUCUCCAUCGCCGCAAAGACAAAGAGAGCCGAGCAAAUGAAGAUACGCUGCAAUAGCAGCUGCAUGCAGCUUUAAAGUGACUAUUACUGCAGCCUUGCCCACCCGCAGGCAAGCCAGGCUACGGCCCCUUGGAGACUCUUUUUUUAGGGAGGGAUACACAAAGAUUUGAGAGUAUAGAGUAAAGAGGAUUGUGAUUGGUUGCACUCUUUCUAAAAGCACCGGACGCGGCGAGGCAUGUUUGUUUCAGUCAGAAAAUUAACGAGGAGGUAUCAAACUUGAGGGAGACGCGUUUUCAGUCUGCGCAGUCGAUGCGUUCGCAGCGUCAACCAGUAAACUUGCAUCAUUUCUCCAAAGAGGCGGAUGCGCUCUCCGUGGUGCUGGAACAGAAAGCCUUGGCUGAUCAACUAGUGAAGAAGAGGAGGAUACUCUCACUUCGUCACCUGUUUCUGAGCUUCAUGGUAGAUUUGGGAGCCUUGUUAAGGGAUGAAGCUGAAGAUGGUCAUGGAUUCCUUAUGUAUACGGAAACGGAGGCUGCCCUGUUACUUUUGGUUCAUCUUGCUGUUCGGUGUUGGAGGUCUGGUUCUCUUCAUGCACCAACAGGAUCUGUCUGAUUUGGUCCAGCAACAAGGUCCCGGCAUGAAGCUUGGAAGCACUCUUCGGCAGUCCAGAGAGACUCUCUCUACGCAGGACCACGAGAGGCACAAAUCUGACAUUGAUCAGGACCUCCGAGUUGCAGAAAGCAUCCUGUCCAGCCCGAUCCCUCCAAUGCAGUUCCCACACUUUGAGAAAAGCCGACAUAAGCCCACUAGUAUGCCUCCAGAGCAGGAUAUUGGUUCCAUUCAAGUCACAAAAAGACAACGCAAAUUACUCAAAACAAAUCCUCUGAACCUGCACAACAAUGUUUCCUUAUCCUCGCUCUCUGAUUCCUCUGCUUUCUCUUCAUCUUCAUUUCCUUCUUUAUCCUCAUUUUCCUCUUCCAGUGCCUCUGGAUCUGCUCCCCAAGAAAGCUGGACAAAGCUUUCCAGUAUCCUACAUGCACGUAAAAAGCUAAUGAAGGACAACUGUGCUAAAUACAAAAGCAACAUCUCGAAGACUAUCACACGUAAUCAUGUAAAAUUUCUAUAUGUAGAGGACAAGUACAAGUUAUUGUACUGCCAGGUGCCUAAGGCGGGCUGCUCAAACUGGAAGAGGACCCUGAUGGUGCUGGCAGGCCAGGCCUCCAAUGCUCAGAGCAUUAAACAUGACGCAGUCCACUUUGGAGGAUACAUAAAGACCCUUGAUAGCUUUAACCAAACUCAAAUCAAGCACCGUCUGGAAACAUACAAAAAAGUCUUAUUCGUCCGUGAGCCCUUUGAGAGAGUUGUGUCAGCUUUCAGAGACAAGUUUGAGAACCCCAACGAAUACUACCACUCCGUCUUUGGGACAGCCAUCAUAUCCAAAUACAGGAAGAACCCAUCAGUGAAGGCCCUGAAGACAGGCAGUGGGGUCAUGUUUAAGGAAUUCAUCCAAUACCUGUUAGAUGUCCACCGACCCGUGGGGAUGGACAUCCACUGGGAGCAGGUAAACCAGCUCUGCCACCCUUGUCUCAUAGACUAUGACUUAAUUGGCAAGUUUGAGAAUAUGGAGGAAGAGUCCAACUUUCUACUGCGACUGAUUGGGGCACCAUCCAGCUUCACGCUACCCAGUUUUAAAGACAGGAACCCAAGAGACAAGCGAACCUCUAUGGAGAUCACAGAAAAAUACUUUUCACAGGUCAGCAUGUUGGAGCGACAGCGAGUAUAUGACUUCUACUAUAUGGACUAUAUGAUGUUUAAUUACUCAAAGCCUUUUAAAGAUUUAUAUUAAUUGACUUCUGUCAUGAUGUUUGAUUCAGUCCCAUUCCACUACAUCUACAUCUCUACCAUGAGAGUAAUCUUAACAUAAGUUCAUCUGCUCACAUAUUCACAUGGGCUUCUGGAUCUAAGCAGAGAUAUUGAAGAGAAACUUUCUCUAAAUUUGAUAUAAGAUGUUUUCCUUUGCAUUUAACCCAGAUAUAGUCAGUUUUAGAUCAGUUUGAAAAGAAUAUUUUUUUCUUUUUGAUUAGGUUUUUUUUUUUUUUGUAAUCAAGGAAAAUGCAAGGACAUGCUGGAAUUAAAAUAAAUAGAAUCCACAAUUCCCUCAAAAUGUACUGUUGUUCAACAGGCUUUAAAUUCUGCCUUCCUGCGAGUCAAGUAGAAUCUGAGUUGUGUAUCAAGGUUUCAUAAAGAAGACCUUUUACACAAAUUGCAGUCGCAGUUCUAAACUUGGAGGCAUUUCUGUAUACCAGAGCUCCUUGCGCCUACCUUUUAAAUUUGCCAGCUGGUAUUCAUAGAUAGUUAUUUUUGCUCUUAUUGACCUCAUUUUGUUUUUUAAAAACAGCUUGUUUUAUAAUUUGAAAACUUUGAUUUACUAUCUGACUUACAGCAGGCUAGACAUCAGCAUACCUCUACGUAUCAGUAUACACUAAUACAGAUAGUUCAUGUGAAUGGCUUUACUAAAUACAAAACAUUACUAAUUAAAAGUCUAUAAAUAGUAUAAAUCUUUAAGAUGUGUCAAGUGCUGCCCACUCAGAAACUGUGUGCACUUAUUGUAGCAUUUUUAUACUUCUAACAUUGUCAGGUAUACAGUAGGUUUGUGCUGUAGUCUAACACAUACGUGUGCUGUGGGUUCUCCAUCAUUGGAGGUAAGUUUUUGGGCUGCUGAGUGCAGGUAUACCCUGGUACUUGCAGGGCACAAAGUGUUGCUGUUUGUAUCUGUUAAUACCUUUUAGUGUUGCAGACUUCCCAGUCAUUCAGUUUCUCUUGGAAGGAAAGAGGAACAACUCAAUGGGCUAAAGAAAAAAAAAGAAAGAAAAAAAAGGAUGUUUUAGACUUCAUUUUGACCAUGUUUUCUUCAAAAUGCAUCACUGGAUGUUACAUCUGGGAUGAAGAAAAGACUGGACUGAAACGUCACCAUCCACCACAUUAAACAGCUCGUGAACAUCUUUCACUUAAAGCUCUCACCCUGACAACGGCUCCUCUGUAUGUUUCACGUUUAUUCUACACCACUGUACAGGCUUCUUCUCUGACUCUACUGUGUAGAAUUGUAUAAUGGGCAUUCAGAUGGCUAUAUAUUUUUCUAUGUAUUUCUAAAACAUACAUAUAUAUAAAUAUAUAUAUAUAUAUAAAUAUAUUUAGUGCUUCUUGGUGAAAGUAUGUUUAACUCCUUUUUGAUGUCAUUUAUCCCUUUCUCAGUAAUACCAGUGUAGUGUUGCAUCACUGAAGAGUUUAUUUCCAAAACAAAAUGUCCACCAGCAGAAAUCCAGGGAAAGCAAACAUCUAAGCAUGAACAAAAAGGAUGUAAAAUAAAUAAUUUGGCUUAAAGAGUACAAGGAUUUAGGUUUGAUUAAAUGACAGAAGUUUAUAGGAAAUUAAAACCUUCUUUAAAUGAAAAUGGAUAUAUACAAUUUUGGAAAUUAGCUCUUAGAUUACAUUUCCCUGAUGUGUUUGGACUCUUGAUAGAAUAAUAGAUUCUACAUUGAUUAGCAUCAUUCCACCUAUGGCUAAUUACAUUUUUAGCUCAUAACAAUUUGUGUGUGUGUGUGUGUGCGCACAUGUGUGUAUGUGGUAUUUAACAAGCUUUUUAAAUGUUUUACAAUCUUUCUUCUUGUGUCUUCUCUAAACAAAAAGUAUAGGCACACACUGUUAGAGCACACCACAGCUACAGUAUCCUGAGUGGAGCAUCACUAGAGGACUGCUAUAUGUCCAAUACACCAUCAAAUCAUAACACUUAUUUUGUUUUGUAAUCCAGGUCAGUCCACAUAGCAAUGGACACUAAACACACAUAUUUGCAUUUAAUAUGGCUUAAACAAUCAGUUAUUGUUCAAUUUAUUGAUUGAUUCCAUUUAAUUCUAUCAAUUAAACAUUUCAGACACAGCUCAUGCUUCAAUAUGAGAUAAAAAGAAGCAAAAGCACUAAUCAGACUAAUGGUGUAUUGUAAAUCUUCAACCUGCUAACUAUCUGAGUCAAGGCCAGGGUCUCUCCAAAUGAAAGUUAGAUUUAUUUUCCUUUGGUCAUCAAUUACAGUGUACUGUACCCUUGUAGAACAACAGUUGAGUUGCUUAAUAUGGAAACUCUGAAUAAAUACUUAAACAAGAUGCUUACUAACUUACUAAAAAUAUAACAAGUUUUUGUUUCUAUGACACCAAAGUGGGAUUUGAUCUAUUGUGAUGAUGGGGAGAAAAAAAAACUCCUGUAAAGUAGCAGUCACUAUUCAGCUAUGCUUGGCAUUGAAAAUGUUAUUUAUGUUGACAACAUGAUUUGUAAAGAAGUGUAUUUGCCAAUCUACAGUUAAUCUACUGUAUACACUCUAUAAUCAAUUUAUGGAGAAUCUUGAUAAUUUUGCUGAAUUAUCCUUUCAUGGUGAUGGUAACUGUAUGAACUUUUUGUGAGUAUAAGGCUGGCUUUCGCAAUUCCAAAAAUCAAAGUCUUGUUUAGGUUGUGAUUGGGUUAGGUUAGGUUUAGCUAAGCUCUGGCCAAAACAGUGUUAUGAUGUUGCAUUUUGAUGAGUAUCUCUCUCUCUCUCUCGCUCUCUCUCUCUCUCUCUCUCUCUCUCUCUGUCUCUCACUACCUUCCAGCCAAUAAAGCUUUCUUGAUAUGUUGGUGUCUGCAACAAAUUUAUCAAAAGCAUAAUUACAGUUAACAAGUGAAUGUAUAACUUACUGUUGGUGCAAAAGUGUAAAAAAAAAAAAAAAAAGGAUGAUCUUAAGCCCUUUGCCUUAUUUUUCACUGCCAAUCAAAUGGUGUAUUUCAGGAAGACAUUUUUCAGGUGGUUAUUUCUGGCUGACAAGUGUCUACUAAUAAAUUGUCUUUUAGCUUU